AUGAACUCUAGCAGUGCUGUUGAGUUCAUAUUCCUCGGAACGGGCGCAUCGGGCAGCGUCCCCCACCUCUCUUGUCUCACACCUUCGGAGAAUGAUGAAGAAAAGCCGUGUCGGACAUGUUUGUCUACUAUUGACGGCACGCCUGAAGGGAAGAUGAACUUCAGAAGGAACACCUCUGCGGCGGUCAGGAUCGUCGACAGGGAUGGUGUGAAACGGACGAUUGUAAUUGACGUAGGGAAGGAUUUCCGAGGGGCUGCGUUGGAGUGGUUUCCAAAGCAUGGAAUGAGAAGGAUAGACGCGAUACUACUCACUCACGACCAUGCCGACGCUAUGAACGGACUGGAUGAUCUGCGAGCGUGGACGCAAGAUGGCAUCAUUCAAACUCACAUAGACGUAUACCUUUCGGAGGCUACCUUCUCCGUAGUCAAACGAGCGUUCCCGUUCCUCGUCUCGAAGGAAUUUGCAACGGGUGGUGGUGAUUCCAUGGAUUAUCCUCACACGCGGUAUAUCUACCAGGUCGCUGCCUUCAGAUGGCACAUCAUUGACUAUGGCAUCCCAUUUGAGAUCCUAGAGACAGGGAUCACCAUAACGCCCCUCGCAGUUCAGCACGGCUGGCUUCAACCCCGAUCUUCCAACAAACCCUACCUCUGCUUUGGGUUCAACAUCCAAGACACCGUUAUCUACAUCUCUGACGGCAAUCACAUCCCUGAAGAGACGUGGGCGCUCCUUGAGCAUUCCCUCUCCACCUGCUCGGAAUCUCAGACCGAUCCAACCUCAUCUACGCUGACGACGACGACGACGAAGCGCAAACCGUACCCAGUCCUCGUUCUCGACUGUCUCCACCUCAUUCCAUAUACUGCGCAUUUUGGUAUCGUUGAAGCGGUGAACGUUGCGAGGAGAAUGGGAGCCCUGAGGACGUAUGUGACGGAUAUUGGACAUUAUGUGGGGCAUGAUGAGUGGGUCGCUAUUGGGGAAAGUCUCGAGCGUGUGCUCAGCAGUGAAAUAUCCGAGCAUGAGCUUGGUGGCGAGAAGGGUAGCAUGACGGAGGUAGUGAGAAGAGGUUUGAGCAUGGUGCGAGAUGCAGAUCGUGAGGCUCGUAAUGUGCUGAAGGGAGAGGCAGGAGAGAGGGGCCCGGUGUGGCUGAGACCGGCGCACGAUGGGUUGAGGUUGGUUGUGAGUAAGGAGGUGGUGCUCGAGGGCGGGACGUACGGGGCCUAG